ACGAAGCAGUGAACAAGGUAAAAGAGGAUCGGAUGAAGGAGAGAUCAGUCAUGGUAAUUUUUUAGGGAGAAGCAAGGAACCUAUCACGGAUGGUGAAGGAAGACUUAAUCAGAGCAUAUGAGGAUGGGUGGACCACAAAGAGACUCUUUCAACCGGAAGCAAAGAGGGGUAGAGUCAAGUUCGAAGGUCAGAAUGUUGCCUCCUACGUUGCCAAAUCCAAGGAGAUCGCUACCUGGCUCAUACAACAGAAGGAGCUCAAGAUCAAAAUAGAAGGCUAUAAAGAGUAUUCAGUUUCGUUCAAACCAAGGCUUCCAAAACACGAGAUGCAGGUGCUUCGUAUGCAAGAAGUAGAAACAAGGUUCUGGAUAAUGGCGUUGAGAGUACCACUAGGCGCCUACUAUUUUCUGGGCAGCGAUGUGGUGGGCCUGUUUGGUAUCAGAGAGGAAGAGGAGCACCAGAAAAUCUGGGUCUCAACGGGAGUGGGGGGACGAUCAGGGAAGCUCCAAGAGGAUAUGCACAAGACGCCAGAGUCUUCGCAGUCAAGAAUCAGGUGGGGCAGCGAGUGCUGUGAAGAGGAUUUGAGAGCUAAUUACAAGUCGGUUGAAUCUUCAUCCAUGGAGAGCUCAGCAGGUUCGGGGCUCAGAAGGAAGAAGGAGACAGGAUGCAGCAGCAGAAGAGGACUGGAAAAAAGCCAGAGGGCAAUCGCCCUAGAACGAAAUCAGAUGGAGACUGUGGAGAGGUCCCUAGUCCCAGUUCUGUGCACGAGCUUGGAAGAGGGAGUGAGCUUGUUAUCUCUCACAAAUGUGGAAGGAGCGCCUCAGAUCCCGUCCAAGGUCAUAGAUAGCACCCCCUCGCCGGCUAUCAUCAUGGAAGUGGUAAGGGAGCUAUACGGGAUCUAUGUCCCGGUGAGACUUAUUUCGCGAUCCACAAUGGCGCAAGUAAUCGUAGAGACAGUUCAAGGUUACAACAAGCUGUAUUUCCCGAUCUUAGAUGCUCGCAUACCGUCAGAAGUUGUAGCCACAAUGGAUCAGACUAGAGUGAGAAGGUUCAAAGUGGACCUACUAACAGUGCUAAGGGAGAGGAAUUGGCACGAACUCGAGAACAUCCAGAUAAUACCAGAGGUGUCUGCGAUGGUGCUGGUAAACGCCAACGAGAAGCUGCUGGUUGAAGAUAACUUUUUUCUUUCUAGCUUCCUAGCCAACAGUUUAACAGAGGACUGGCGAUCGUCAUCUCGGGUGAGCUCCUCGAGAGAAGUCUUGAAGUCGGCACCACGGAUUCUCAAUCCGAACGAUCCAGGUUACUCCUGGUUCUCAAACCUGCACAGGGACAGGCAAGACAUCACAAGGAGACGCUUGGACUAUUUCAUGCUGAGUGAACCUGUGUUGGAAAGGAUAGUUAUGGUCAAACAGGCCGGCCACCCGAUGUCGGAUCACAAACCGGUAGUGACAGACAUACGUCUGAGGCUCGGAGUGGAGAGGGGGAGAGGAUUCUUCCGUCUGAACAGUCAUGUUCUCGAGGAUCCAGGCAUCUUGGACGUUAUCUCAAGGAUCCUAGCAAGAGCGAGAAAUAGAAAGGAAGCGGAGUGCAUCAGGAGAAUCGAAGAGGCGGAGGAGAAGAUGGAAGGGAACCCCAUCUCAGCAAGGGUGUGGGCUGCAUAGCGGGUGAAGAGAAUGGCCGAACAGGACAAGCUGCAGGAGGACAAACAACGAAGGUGGUCGGAGAUCCUGCAGGUAAAAG